UGCAGUUCCUCCUCCCCCCCCCCCCUCGCCCCCUUCCCACAAAAUGAUGCUCUCUUCCCUCCCCGCUCGCUUCUUCUCCACCAGCGCCGUCAAGGAGUCGACCAAGGUCGCCGUCCUCGGUGCCGCCGGUGGCAUCGGCCAGCCCCUCUCUCUCCUGCUGAAGUCCUCCCCCCUGGUUGACCACCUUUCCCUGUACGAUGUCGUCAACACCCCUGGUGUUGCCGCUGACCUGAGCCACAUCCCCUCCAAGGCCAAGGUCACCGGCCACGUCGGCGCGGAGAACCUCGGCGAGGCCCUCAAGGGUGCUAAGGUCGUUGUCAUCCCCGCCGGUGUUCCCCGCAAGCCUGGCAUGACUCGUGACGAUCUGUUCCGUGUCAACGCCGGCAUUGUCAAGGGUCUGGCCGAGGCCGCUGCCGAGCACUGCCCGGAUGCCCACCUGCUGGUCAUCUCCAACCCGGUGAACUCCACCGUGCCCAUCGUCGCCGAGGUCCUCAAGAAGGCUGGCGUCUACUCCCCCAAGCGCCUCUUCGGUGUCACCACUCUCGAUGUUCUCCGUGCGCGCACCUUCGUCGCCGGCAAGAAGGACGUCGACCCCACCACCCUGAAGGUUCCCGUCAUCGGUGGUCAUGCUGGUACCACCAUUCUGCCCCUGCUGUCUCAGAACUCCGCUGGUGUCACCUUCUCCGAUGAGGAGCGCGACCAGCUCACCCAUCGCAUCCAGUUCGGUGGUGACGAGGUUGUGCAGGCCAAGGCCGGCACUGGCUCCGCCACCCUCUCCAUGGCUCAGGCUGGUGCCGAGUUCACCGAGGCCCUGCUGGCUGCCCUCAACGGCUCUGAUGGCAUCGUCGAGUGUGCCUUUGUCGAGAGCCCCCUGACCGAUGCCCCCUUCUUCGCCUCGCCGAUCAAGCUCGGCCGCGAGGGUGUCGAGGAGAUCCUCGAGCUUGGCCAGAUCACCCCCUUCGAGCAGAAGCUCCUCGACGAGCUGGUCCCCGUCCUGGUUAAGUCCGCCCAGGCUGGUGUCGACUUCGUCAACUCCUCCGAGUAAGCGCCUGCUGGCUGUGUCCCUCUCAUUCCCUCCCAUUCCCUCUCCUCCCUCCCGCCUGGGUCUACCUUCCUCCUCCUCCCGGUGGUGGCGCGCGCGCAUUCACGGCCGCGCUUGAGUGAUGCACUUUUUCCUGGCAUCCCUUUCUACGCCCAGGGGACCGACCUCCUGUAAAUACAGUGCACAUGCCGCA